UAACUAGGUUGAAAGACUCAGGAUAAAAGGCAAGACACUGCCACACAAACGGCAACUUUGACAACACUUCCCCUUGAAUCAGAGGGUGACCAUGACCUGCUGUGAAGGAUGGACAUCCUGCAAUGGAUUCAGCCUGCUGGUUCUGCUUCUGUUGGGAGUAACUCUCAAUGCAAUACCUGUAAUCGUCAGUGCCGUUGAUGAAGGCCAAAAUCAAAACCCCAUCUCUUGCUUUGAGUGGUGGUUCCCGGGAAUUAUAGGAGCAGGUCUGAUGGUCAUUCCAGCAACAGUGAUGUCCUUGGCAGCGAGAAAAAGAGCGUGCUGUAACAACAAAACCGGGAUGUUUUUCUCAUCGCUUUGCAGUGUAAUCACAGUCAUUGGUGCUGUGUACUGCAUGUUGGUGUCUGUCCAGGCUCUCUCAGAAGGUCCUCUCAUUUGUAACUCUCAAGGCAACAGCACUUCCAAUUGUGAAUUUUCAUUAGGAAACUUUAGUGACAUUCAUGCAGAAUCCUUCAAUUUACAGUGGUACUUCAAUGACACUUGCAUACCUAUACCUCCUCCUGACGUCAGUGCUCCCACCACGAGUAAUGACACCAUGGCCAGCGACUGGAGAAAGUACAGCUUGCACUUCAGUUCUAAAGAAGCCAAACACAGGACUAUCCAUUUCACAGUAUUUUCAGGGCUAUUGCUUGUGGGAAUUCUUGAGAUCCUGUGUGGGCUCAGUCAGAUAGUCAUUGGUUUCCUGGGCUGUCUGUGCGGAGUCUCUAAGAGAAGAAGUCGAAUUGUGUAGUUUAACGGUAAUAAAAUGGGAAUAACAGCAGUUGGAAUCAUUUGAGAAUUUCAUUUAAAAGACACUCUUUUUAGAAGUUAGAAGUUCAAUAAUGGAACAUUAUUUAGAAAACUGUAUGAAUCAUUUUAGGCCAAAAGCUUUUUAAAGUCACAUUUAAGGUGAUUAAAAAAAAAACCCACCCUUUACAUAUAAAGCAUAACACUUUCAUAUGGAAAAGGAAAGCUCAUCAGUGGCUCACUGUGGGAGCAGGAAAGAGAAGGUUCAAUUUGUUUUGAAUCUUUCUGUACUAUUUGAAUUUUCUAACAGCUGUAUUCUUGUGUAUGUAGAGGGAGGGAGAGGGAAGGAAAUGGGAGACAGGGAGGGAAGACAAGAAGGAACAGAAGUCAUCCUGGAAGUGAAAGUAUGGGAUCUUUUUCUUGUAGUUCUUUAUACUUUCAGAAAAAAUAAUAAAUAUAUAGCCUAAAUCAAGCUUGUAGACUGAAUUCCUAUCUUACAGGAAAUCCAGGGAAAGAGACAUUUUCAGGGGGAGACAAAUUCUAAAGGGGGAGGGUUAGUAAUCUGACAAUAGUCAUAGUCCUCUGUUUUCAACAAGCAAAUGUCCAGGAAAAAUAAAAGGUGGGAUGGGUUGAGAGAACUAUUCGAGAUUAAGAGAACAAAGAAAUGUGAUUCAAUUAAUGUAUUAUGUGGACCUUGUUGAGAUAACGGAGGAAACCUAUUGAAUUGGUUUAAGGUAAUAUUAAGGACUUGUUACUUUUUUAUGUUUGAUAAUGGUUUUAUGGUUAUACAGGAAAAUGUCCUUACUUGUUAUUAUAGAAAUGUAUAUUCAUGUUUGGGAGAAAAUGUUAUGUUUUUAAAGUACUUUAGCCAAAAAA